CUAGUUGAAGGAGAAGAUGUAAAUCCAUUUGCAUUUCGGAUUUCUUAUUCACAUUUCUUUCUGACCCAAUCUCAAUUCUCAUCGAUCCCUUAUCAUUCAACCACGGCAAAACUGAAACGCCGUCGUUUUGGGACAUUCACCUUAAACCACUCAAAAGAGUCUGGCCUCUGUUUUCCAAAACCUAAAACCUUUGAAAUCGCCAUGUCCGCCACCGCAGCCGCCAGGUCAGUCCUCCGUUUCUCCGCCGUCAGGCCAGCCACCGCACGGCGAUUGCCCUCCAAAACUAGGCCGGCGUUCUUCGAUGUCCCCACCGAGAGGAGAAUCCCUCCUCCUUCUCUUCGUAUUUCCAGGUCGAUGAGCUGUUUGGUUGACACGUUGCUUCCGUAUCACUCCGCCAACGCAUCCGCAUUGAUCAAUUCGAAGCUCUCCGUCUCUUGCUGCGCUUAUGUAUGGACUCUCGAUGAUGGAUGAUUAGCUCAACGGGAUAGAGACUCCGGUAAUACCGACAUCAUUAACUUUCCGAUGGGUGUAAUGAGUUGUUGUUGAAGACAUUUCAGGCAUUGAAUGACCAAAUUCAAUUAUUCGAAGUUCAUACAUUUCUACGUUUCACUAUUGCUUUUCCAACUAGAAUUGGAGUUUUGGAGCAACUAAAAGUUUUUAUACGUGCUGAUGAUGAAACUUGGACUGCUUGUAUUCAUUCUCGGAAUUACGUUUUACUCGUCCUCGUGUCGAGGCAUUAUAGAACAAGCCACUGUGCUAGCUAUACGUCCAUGACUUAUGUCUUCCUGCAGUUCUGGGAACUGCAAGCCUAGUUUUCAUAUUUGCACAGCAUGUGACUUGUCUUCUGUCAAGUUUCCCAUGCUUAUCUCCCACAACGACUAUGCCGGUCCCUUUCUUUUGCUCUUAGCUGGGCAGUCUUUCUCUCGACUCCAUUAUUAUCGACUCGACCCACCCCUUUUGCACUCUCGGUUUAGCGACUUUGCUAACACUAGUUUGGAGACUGUAGGACGCUGCAAUUCAGGUUGUUCAAAGAAACUUAACCGAUCUGA